CCCACGGUCAUUUCUUGCGGGCGGCCAGCGCUGGUGUUAGAGUGCUUGAUUGUUGUGUCUAAGCCUGGCUUCUACCAGUACGACAUUCUCCCUGCAUGAGCGAGUUUUAGUGGUUCAAUGACAAGCUUGACACGAUGUCAACGACGACAACCCAGACCAGCACCAAAUGGUCGGUAGAAUACGACACUGUCCGCCGCCAUAAGCUCUUCAGAAACACGCCGAAAGAUCGCAGCGCCUUUCCGGCUCUUCAAGCCGCAGUUAAACCACAUAUCGAGUCCUUUAACGCCCUGUGGGACGAGAAACUCAUCGACGCCGGGCUCAAAGACAUCGGAAUCUACACCGUUGUCGAUGGCGAUCUACGAAACCCGAGCCGAGCUAUUCAACGCAACAAGCUUGACCUGAGAGUGACGGAGGUCAUACUAGAGAAACCUACCCUCCCUCCGAGUAACAAAUUCAGCAUUGAAGACCGGAACAUAUACCCUUCCGAAUGUCGGGAGCGGCACACCACCUACAGAGGAAGAUUAAGAGCGAGGCUGCAGUACAGAAUAAACAAUGGCGACUGGCAGGAGUCCGUACGGGAUCUCGGACAGAUGCCAAUCAUGUUACGGUCCAACAGAUGUCACCUCGAGAAGUUCUCGCCCGCACAGAUGGUACGCCACAAGGAGGAGUCUGAAGAGAUGGGCGGCUACUUUAUCGUCAAUGGGAACGAAAAGCUCAUCCGCAUGCUGAUAGCGACAAGGAGGAAUUACCCCAUGGCCAUCUCGAGGUCUGCCUUUGCCGCGAGAGGCCCUACCUUUUCGAAGUUCGCAAUCCAGAUUCGGUCCGUGCGGCCAGACCAGACUUCGCAUUCCAACGUCCUCCAUUACCUAACAGAUGGGAACGUCACUUUUAGAUUUUCGUGGAGGAAAAGCGAAUACCUGGUCCCGGUGGUCAUGAUCCUGAAAGCUCUGGUGGACACGAACGACCGCGAGAUUGCGGAAGGCAUCAUCGGCUCGUCGGCCUCCAAUAAAACACCUAGCUCGUUUGUCGCCGACCGGACGGAGCUUCUCCUGCGGACUUACAAAGCAUACAAUCUCAAAACACGGACGCAGACACUGGCAUAUCUCGGAGAGAAAUUCAGACCUGUUCUAAUGCAGCCUAUCACAAUGUCUGAUGAGAAAGUGGGCGAGGAGUUUUUGAGGAAGAUUGUCCUGCCACAUCUCGGCAACGUCGACGUCACACCCUCCCAAAACAACGACAAAUUCCAGCUGAUUCUGUUCAUGAUCAGAAAGCUCUAUGCACUCGCUGCAGGCGACUGUGCUCUGGACAAUCCUGAUGCGGUCUCUAGUCAAGAAGUCCUGCUGGGAGGGUUUUUGUACGGUAUGAUCUUGAAGGAGAACAUAUACGAGUGGCUGGUUGGCAUCGGUGCUGUAGCCCGGGACUGGAUCAGGGCUAAGAACGACGCCAAAUUCACAGACCCCUCGUUUGAAGCGGACUUCCUCCCCAAAAUCGUCAGGAGGACGAACGAAAAUAUUGCAGGGAAACUGGAAUACUUCCUCUCGACGGGAAAUCUGGUCAGUCAAACUGGACUCGAUCUGUCUCAGACAUCAGGUUUUACAAUCAUGGCCGAGAAAAUCAAUUUCUACCGAUUCAUCAGCCACUUCCGGUGUAUACAUCGAGGUGCCUUUUUCGCGCAGUUGAAAACGACCACUGUACGCAAGCUGUUGCCAGAAAGCUGGGGAUUUCUUUGUCCCGUUCACACUCCUGACGGGGCUCCAUGCGGCCUUUUGAACCACUUGGCCCACCAGUGCCAAGUUCAAAUUAAGCGGAUUGACACUUCUGGUAUUGAGAAAGCAGUUCUUCAGCUCGGACUAUCUUCCGCGCCUUCGAUGACUAUUAGUGAGAGUCUUUCCGUCCAACUUGAAGGCCGUAUUUUGGGAUACUGCGCGGCAAAGAGGGCGAGGGAAAUUGCCCAGCUUCUACGACAUUGGAAGGUGAAUGGAGAGCACAACAUCCCGAAUGAACUAGAAAUAGGCUAUGUCCCCACCUCGAAUGGCGGUCUCUAUCCUGGCCUGUACCUCUUCACUGAUCCAUCGCGGAUGCUGCGACCUGUUAAGUACAUUCCGGCAGACAAGCUCGACUACGUCGGACCAUUUGAGCAGCAAUACAUGAACAUUGCUUGCGUGGAUGCGGACAUCAUACCCAGUUUGACCACCCACAUCGAGUUCAAGCCCACAAACGUCCUAUCAAUCCUUGCCAAUAUGACCCCCUUUUCAGAUUUUAACCAGUCGCCUCGAAACAUGUACCAGUGUCAAAUGAGCAAGCAAGCAAUGGGAACUCCUUCCUCAAACAUGAUGUGUCGAACCGACAACAAAGCAUAUCUGCUUCAGACAGGGCAGACGCCGGUUGUAAGACCUCCGCUGUACAACGAGUACGGCCUGGACAACUUCCCCAACGGAAUGAACGCCGUCGUGGCGGUCAUCUCGUACACCGGCUACGAUAUGGACGACGCUAUGAUAAUUAACAAAUCCUCUCAUGAGCGAGGGUUUGGUGAUGGUGUCAUCUACAAGACCAAGGUUUACAAGCUCAACGAAGAUUCAAGGGCGGCUCGGUCAAAGACUGAGAUCAAAUCACUUUUCGGCUUUGCUGAAGGCGACCCGAACAUCUCCGAAGAGGUGAUUCAGGCGCUUGAUUCUGAUGGCCUGCCCGCCGUUGGGACAAAAGUUGGCGAGGGGUCGAUCGUUCUCGCCUACCACAGUGUCAUGUUCGAUCCAUCGGAAGGCAAGCUCAAGAACUUGGACGGAAAUACCAAGUACUUCAAAUACAAGGAUGCCGAAGAAGCCUACAUUGAUCAAAUCCGACUGAUUGGCUCCGAGACAGGAGAUCAACCUUGUCAGGCGAUUAGCAUCAAAUACCGGAUUCCCAGACGACCUAUCAUCGGUGACAAGUUCUCUUCAAGGCACGGACAAAAAGGUGUGUGUUCGAUGCUGUGGCCGAGCGAGGAUAUGCCCUACAGCGAGUCUGGAAUCCAACCAGACGUCAUCAUCAACCCACACGCUUUUCCGUCUCGAAUGACCAUUGGCAUGUUUGUGGAGUCUCUGGCUGGCAAAUCCGGAGCUCUUCACGGCCUCGCUCAAGAUUGCACGCCUUUCUCCUUUGACGAGGACAAUACCGCAGGCAAUUAUUUCGGUGAUCAGCUUCUACAGGCCGGGUACAACUUCUAUGGCAACGAGCCCAUGUACAGUGGCAUCACCGGCAAGGAGUUCGCUGCUGACAUCUACAUUGGGGUGGUCUACUACCAAAGGUUGAGGCACAUGGUCAGCGACAAGUUCCAGGUGCGCACGACCGGGCCGGUAAACGCUCUGCAUGGGCAGCCCAUCAAAGGAAGAGCUAAAGGCGGUGGCAUCCGUGUUGGAGAAAUGGAGCGUGACUCAUUGAUUGCGCACGGUUGUGCAUAUCUGCUGCAGGAUCGACUCAUGGACUGCAGCGACAAGCAACGGGCUUGGGUGUGUCGGAGUUGCGGCAGUUUCUUGAGCACCAUGAUGGUGCCGAAUCAGUUCACCAUCAAAAGGAGAGGGGGCAGAGUCGAGCCGAGCGGAAUGGUAAGGUGUCGGGCCUGUGCGAGACCCGCGACGUUCCAGGAUAGUAAGAUCGCGGUGUGGGAGGAUGGAGCGGGAAGAAAAUUCGUGGGCGGUGAUAACACGACGGUGGUCAAUGUGCCGGGAGUCCUGAGGUAUCUGGACGUUGAGCUGGCGGCGAUGGGGGUAAGGACGACGUUUGAGAUUGAGGGAUAAGGGUCGCAGGACACCGGAGCCCGAAGCUGCAAUGAAAAGAAGUUCCUGCUGCCUACCUAGGUACCUACAUGGUGACCACCUCCUGCCCAGGGCCCAUGCCUUUCUCAGUCUGUUUCUUCUCCGUCCCUCCCUUGUCCGGAUUGAUCAGCCCCAGCCGGACGGCAAAAUCACUUCUGCCCAUCUCCUUGACCAAUUCCUUGGCCAUGUCCAACCGUCUCGCAUAGUUCUUGACACUGUCUGGCGUGCCUGCAACCGCGACCGUCCUGCCGUUCAUGACCAACUCGUCCACCUGGGAGUUCUGGUACACGAGCAGCAAAUGGCCGGCCAGCACGGCUCCCACCAGGGUGCCUUUCUCGGCGUCGGUCGCGCCGCCCAGGGCCACGACGGCGAGGUACACCAGCAUGCGCGCGACCCAGUCCAGACCCUCCACCAGCGCCGCGCAGGCCGGGGAUUGCGGGCGCCCCAGCCACGCGCCCGAGGUAACGGCCUUCAAGUCGUCGACCAGGCCGCGGAUGCGCACCCA